UGCGCCUAAUUGGAACAUUGGCUUUGACGAGGAGGAUCAUCACUUUUGGAAGCUAUUGCAGGUGGUGUCCAUCUCUGACUGCAGUAUAAUGGAGACGGAGCCAUGUUGUGAAGAGCAUAACAACCCUGCAGUGGAGGGUAAAGAGGCUGAGGUAAGGGAGGCCAUUUCUGAGCUCGCUGACGGGGACAGUCGCACUGAGCUGCCAUGUGGGCCUGCAGAGGAAGCCGAGGAGCUGAGUGUAAAAGAGCAGGCUGAAACAGAGAACGGCGCAGGAGAGAGUAAAAGCACUGAGAUAAAAAAACCAUCUUGUGGAGACAAAGAAUGCAAGGAGCAGAGGAAACUGAAGAAAACAAACAGCUGGAAGAUGGUGCGAUUUGAAGACCCAUCAAUGGAGGAAGAUGUCUUAGAGAGAGACAGCUCAGCAGAGAGUCUCUUUCCGGAAUAUGCGAUGGUGGAGUGGACUUCCUCCACAUUUGAAGAGCUGUUUGCGGCAGACGAUUGGCAGGACAUUACAGAAGACCAGCUGUUGAGAAAGAAGGUGGUUGAUUCCAGAUCCCCGCACGGCUUGAGCCCCGCCUGGGGCGAGGAGGUUACUGUGAAGAUGCAAUGUGUCCUGGAGGACCGCACUGUAGUGGAGAAGGACAGCAGGCUUGUCUUUGUAAUCGGGGAAGGAGAUGUGAACCAGGCACUGGAGGAGUGUGUCAUGUCCAUGCAGAAGGGAGAGAUCACCUUACUGCUGGCAGAUUCACAGUAUGCCUAUGGACUUCUGGGAAGAGAGCCUGAUAUUCCACCCUGGGCUCCUUUACUCUACCAGCUCCAGCUGCUGGAGAUCAGAAAGAAACCGGACCCGUUAACUCUGCCCAUCGCAGACCGCAUCCGCAUUGGCAACAAGAAACGAGAGCAAGGAAACUUUCAUUUCCAGAGGGAGGAAUACAGCAUGGCUGCCAGAGCCUAUUGUAUGGCUCUGGAUGUGCUAACCACACACAGCCUAGAUGGUGGUGAUGGCGGCAUGAAGACGGAGGAGGAGGAGGUGCGAGACUACCGGGUGAAGUGUUUGAACAACCUGGCCACCGCUCAGCUCAAACUGGAGCAGUACUGUGAGGCACUGCACACCAGCCGCGACGUUCUGACCCUCGAUCCAAACAAUGUCAAGUCUCUUUACAGGGCGGGAAAGCUCUUGUCAGACAUGGGUGAAUACAAAGAGGCGAUGGAGAUGCUAAAAAGAGCCUUGAAACUGGAGCCGGCCACCAAGGCAAUCCACAUUGAGUUAUCUAAACUUGUCAAAAGACAAUCAGAGGCAAAAUACUCGGGAAAUGGAAUGAAGCCCAAGCUUUCGGGAGAAUAUAAACCUUUCUACCCUUUAAAAAAUAACCCACUGAAAGGAGUUUCCUGGAAGUUUCUUGUAGCUCUGGUUGUGGCCUUGGGGCACUUAGUGACAUAA